AUGAAGUCGACCCUCAUGGGGGCGGUCCUGUCUUUAGCGGCCCUCACCGGUACGUUGGCCGCGAGUUUGGGAAAUUCAUCGUCUCUGAGCACCAAGCGCGGCGGCAAACAAUAUCACGAUGAUGAUGUCGAUCUCACAAGAUGGAACGAUGCCAGCUUCAUAAGGGAACAAGAGGACUACAUCCAGCAUAUACAGCCCUCGUGGAACUCGCCUGUAGUAUACGAUAGAAAUGAUCUGGCGAAGGUCGAGAGGAAGAUCGCGGCGAAAUCCACAAAGUUCCCCUUUUGGGCGUGCAAAUGGGGGAGCAUAUGCACAUCGGGGCUCGUGGCUCGGGGGGACUUCAACUGCAAGGCCUGCAUUAGGUUCGUUCCACAGUACAAGACCAAGGCUGGCGUACAAGUGGAACCCCUCGAGGAAGGCAAGGGGUAUACGGUGGACAGUAUCUGA